UUUGACCAUUAAGACACACACAACAUUUGACCUUCUAGAUUGCAUCAAUUUCUUUCUCCUUAUAAAAACACCACCAACCAUUAUCACCACAACCAUCUAUCUAUAAGAGAUCAUCGCCGCCUUUGCCUCAGCCGUCAUCAAAUUCCGAGUUUUCAAGAAGUAACAGAAAUGCCUCCUUUUGCUACAACCAUGACCUAUCAAAUGGAGAACCUUAAUAUUCUUGGUUGUGGAAUUAGUCCACAAUCGGAUGUAGUUACAAUUGAUGUUGGUGGCCAAAUCUUUCAGACCACAAGGCAAACUCUAGCUCUAGCUGGCUCAAAAUCUUUGUUCUCUCAACUCGCUGAGUCUACUCAACUGGGUCCUCGAUUUAUAGACCGAGACCCGGAGUUGUUCGCUAUACUUCUUUCUUUGUUAAGAACUGGGAAUCUUCCUUCAAAGGCUAAAGCUUUUGAUCUUCAAGAUUUGAUUGCAGAGUCUAAAUUUUAUAAUAUUGAGUCUCUUUUAGUAAACUCUUUAUCUAAUCCUUCUCAAUUUGAUGCAUUUAACCUCGAAAAGUCAAUGACUUUGCCGUUGAACGGCAGAGAUUUUGCUUCUACCAUGGCCACGACGCCGUUUGGGACCUUGCACGUUGCUCAUGGCAGUAAAAUUACGUCUUUUGAUUGGGCUCUGCGCAGGAAGUCAACGAUCCUAACCCAGUUCACGGCGAUCGAUUCUCUCUUGGCGAUUUCCCCCAAUCUAGCUGCCGCGGGAGCCACAGACUUCUCGGGUAUGCAAAUUCUUGAUCUUGAAAAGGGUUAUGUUAGGGAUACUCUGUGUUGGGAGAACGCGACCCGAUCGAGCUCGACGGUUCAAGCAAUCGGGUCCUCGCCAGAGUUCUUGUUGACAAGUUUUGAAUCGGGUCGUAGAAAUUCAAACUCGAUUAUGGUCUAUGACUUGCAAUCGCUUGCCCCAGUAACAGAGAUUGCUCAUUGCGAGAUAUACGGGGCAGAUCUUGACUCGGCUAUUCCAGCCACGAAACUGAAGUGGGUAGAGAGUUAUAAUGUGGUAAUGGCAUCUGGGUCUCACAGCGGGCCCUCUGGUAUACUGGGGAAUGUGAAGUUGUGGGAUAUAAGGUCUGGAAAUGUGGUUUGGGAAUUGAAAGAGAGAGUUGAUUGUUUCUCUGAUAUUACUGUUUCUGAUAAUUUAUCGGCAAUAUUUAAAGUUGGUGUAAAUUCAGGAGAGGUCUUUUACACAGAUUUGAGGAAGUUAGGUAGUGGGGACAGUAAUCCUUGGGUUUGCUUGGGGGAUAAGAGGAAAGUGAUGAAUGUCAAGAAAGAAGGUGUUGGGUCCAAAAUUGAGGCUCAUGGGAAUCAAGUAUUUUGUAGUAAAGGAGGGGAUUUGGAGCUUUGGUCAGAGGUUGCCAUGAAUUCUUCGAAGAAAACUGAAGAUAGGGUGUUCAGGAAGAAUUUGAUGGGGAGAGUGAAGGAUAUCGGAGGAUCAAAGAUAACCAACUUGGCUUUUGGAGGGAGCAAAAUGUUCGUGACUCGUAAGGAUCAACAAUAUGUUGAGGUUUGGCAGAGCUCUGUAAGGGGGUUUUAGAUUUUGCAAAUUGCUUUAGUUAGGGUUUGGUAGAUAAUUUUGAAGACAUUUAUUCUCGUUAAACAUUGUGCAUUUUGUACUAUAUGUCUUAAUUUGAUUCAUACAAUUGUAAAUGUACUGUAUUACAUCUAAAAAAUUGCAAUGUGAUUAAUUCAUUAUGAUUGGUUUGAGAUCAA